UAUGUGCGUAGACCUAAAAUUAAGGUGGGAACGUGAAUUAACAGUACAAGGUAGCAGAGAAAAAAGAACAUCAUUUGGUUUGUCCCCUUUCCACACUCUCUUUCUGUCUCUCUCACUCACCCCUUUGCAUUUUCUCUCUCUACAAUGAUGAAUCAGUGAAGAAACAUGGAAACAUCCACACUCACAUCAAUCCCUCUUUCUCUCUCAUCACCACAAAAACUGAAAUGAUGGGAAACACAAAAGAAAGGAAAUUAGCUAAAUUGAUGGCUUCAAACCUUCUCCCAACCAUACCCAACCAUACAACGCAACACAAACCCCUUCUCUUUCUCUGUCAUAAAAAUGUCUUCCCCUUUUUGCCCUUCUGCAAAACUCCCAAACAAUCGCAUCUUCAUCACUUUCUCUCAAAACAACAAUUUUUUUUCACCGAGUUAUGUGGACUUGGUUUUGGGUUUUAUUUGUCCUGGUCAGAGUACCACAGAGAAAACAGGAAAAAGCCAGAACAACCUUCUCUCUCUCCCUCUCCCUUGUAGUUAUCUUUAUCGUUGCGUGCUUCUUUUCCCCUAUCUCUCUCUCUUUCUGACUUGUCCUACCACCUACCGGACUUUCAUCUUGUCAUUAAUCUGUUUGUUACCUUUACUUUUUGUUGUUGUUGGUUCUUUGUUUGUGCUUUGCUCUGUUGUUUUCUGAUCUGAUGAAGAAGAUGAAAGGGGUUGUGUCUGUGGAGUAUACACCUUCUGGUGUGUGUGAGGAUCAGACGGCUAGUUUCAGGCAUCAGAGUCUUUUGCACGACUAUGAAGACCUGCAGGAGGAAACAAAUGCCACGAGAAUGAAACUGCAGACUGCGAAGCAGAAAAUUUCGAUACUGUCAGCAGAACUUCGAUUUUUGAGGCAACGUUACAGAUAUUUGAUGCAAAAUCCUUCUCCAAAGCAAGACAUUUCACACCAGCAAAAGCUUAAAGUCCAUGCUACCCUUAUCCGAAAGGGCAAGAAAUAUAAUAGAAAGGAAUCUACUUUGAACCCUGCCACAACCUCUCAUUUGAAUUCUAAAGGAAGGAUUUCCAAUAGAGUUGGGAGCGCAGUGCAAAAAACAGUUCCUAUGUUUGAUUUAAACCAGAACGCUUUGAGUCUUAGUAAAAAGGAGCUUUCUUUUCUUAAUUCUGCUCCAGUGGCUGACUUAAAUCACGAAGAUGGAAGUCACAGUGGGAAAGAAGCCUCAAAGAAGAGCAUCAGUAAAUUUUUUGACUUGAACCAGAUUUCGAGAGAAGAGGAGGAAUUCCUGGGUAUUGAGGCCAUGAGGGUUGAAGAACAAAAGAGAAUCAUCGAAGAACAGCACAAUGACAUGAAGUUGUCAGUUUGUAGAAAUGUUGGAAAUGGUUCAAACAGUGCAGUGAAGAGGAAGAUCUCUUGGCAAGAUCAGGUGGUGUUGAGGGUUGGAAUUUAACCAAUUGAGUAGGUCAAUUUAACCAGUGUAGUUGGCCUUGAUAAUAUAUAGAAUUUGUUUUUUUA